AGAACUGGAAACCAGGUGGAGAAACCAGAAGGCACACAACACCGGCUACCAUAUUCCUGUCUGUUUGUAGACAUCUAUUUAUCAGACAUCGUGAAUUGCGCUUUCAAGGGACACACAUGACACGAGGUGUCUUCAAUACAAGCUGGUGCAGGACAGGGAUCCAUCACAAAACGAAAAGGUAACGUAACAUCAGUGUUCAGAAAUGGCCUCUGAUUUUGGAGCGACUUGCAGCCCAGGGACUCCUUAUAGGAGCCACGACAUACAGCCAGAUGAAGAUGCUUGUGAGGAUGAUGCCUGGGACCCAGAUAGGCUGGUGAAGUGCCCUUACGACCCUAACCACUUGAUACGUCAGAGUCGAUUUCCAUAUCACGUUCUCAAAUGCAAAAAGAACCAUCCAGAAUUGACAAGUGAACUGAAAAGCUGUCCCUACAACGCACAACAUAUGGUGCUGAAGGACAAGCUGGCUGGACAUUUGACCACCUGUGCUGAUCGGCAAGCAGUGGAAAAGGAAAGGGCUGGAAAAUCAGAUAUGUUAAAAAAAUAUGCUGUACCAGUCAACACUAUGACUUUCCCCACCAGCGAGGACUGGGAUAAAGAGGAAGAGACUAGCGCAACUCUGUUUGUGUGGGGGGUGACUUCUCAGAUCCGCCCCAUUCCACAAGUCACAAACAACCUGAUUCCAGGACUCCGAACUCCACAUGUUCUCCCAUGGAAAUAGAUGGAUGGACACAUUGUUACUAGAAGUUGUUACUGUUGGUCAAAAUAAUUGCAGCUGAGGGCUGGCUUGAGUAAAGAUGUUUUUAAAAUGAAUCAAUAUUGCAAGUUGAUUUUUAUAUUUCUGGUUUAAGUUAAAGGCCCGCUAAAGAGUUGGGAUCUUAGCCAUAUGAAGU